AUGCUUUCUUUUUCGAUAGUGAGCGACGUGACUUAUUUAUGCCCUUAUGCUGGUCGGCUGAAAGGCGAUGUUAUCGUUACUAACUACAAAUUAUUCUUUAAAUGUACCAGCGCAGAUGAAGGGGUAACUCAACACAAUUUUUUAGUUCCUUUGGGCUGUAUAGCAGAAGUAAAGAAAGUUAGUUAUACAAAGAAUCGCGAAAAUUCUUAUAAUUUGGAUAUCGUAUGUAAGGAUUUGCGAGUGUUGCGAUUUUCCCACAAGGCAGAAGCUACUUCACGUCGACUUGUCUACAGCGCACUUAUGAUUAAUGCAUUUCCCGUGACUCGUAAAGAUGAAUUUUUUGCCUAUAAAUUUAAAGGAAACUAUCCCGAUUUUGAAAGUACCGGAUGGAAAAUAUUCGACCCACAAGUAGAAUAUAAAAGAAUGGUACGUACUCGUCGUGGCUUAUGGAAAACCACUGAUAUCAAUAAUGAUUAUAAAUUCUGCUCUUCAUAUCCCUCUCUGCUUGUAGUUCCUGAUGCGGCAAAUGAAGAAAAUCUUAAAAGUGUGGCGGAGCACCGUACUAGGAAUCGAUUGCCUGUGUUAACAUGGGUGCAUCCUGAACAUCCGCCAGUAAUUCUUAGAUGUAGUCAACCGACAAGUGGUUUGAUAGAUAAGCCUAGUGAGGAAGAUAAGAAUUAUUUUAGGCUCAUCUGGGAGGCUAAUAGUGAUCAAAAGAUUUACGUAGUCGAUGCAAGACCAAAGAAGAAUGCUGUCGCAAAUAAGCUUAAAGGUGGAGGUUUUGAAGCUAAUGAAAAAUAUACAAAUAUGGAAUUGGAGUUCUUAGAUAUAGAAAAUAUCCAUGUAAUGAGAGAUAGUAUGAAUAAAUUACGCGAUGUAUGCUACGCAAUUGACGAUGUGCAUUGGUAUGCUAAUUUAGAAUCAACAAAGUGGUUGGAACACAUCAAGUUGGUUCUUGCUGGAGCUAUUUUCAUCGUUGAUUUGGUCGAGAGACGUUACCAUUCUGUAAUCGUACACUGUAGUGAUGGCUGGGAUAGAACGGCACAGUUGACCGGUCUUAGCAUGCUACUGUUAGACCCCGAAUAUAGAACUAUCAAUGGUUUUCAGGUUCUAAUUGAAAAAGAGUGGCUAAGUUUUGGUCAUAAAUUUGCACAGCGUAUUGGUCACGGUGAAAAUAAGCCAAACGAUAGCGAACGCUCACCGGUCUUUCUUCAAUUUAUGGACUGUGUUUGGCAGGUGUUACAGCAGUUUCCGUGCGCAUUUGAAUUCAAUGAACGUCUUCUUAUAGCUAUUUUGGACCAUUUAUAUAGUUGCUUAUUUGGCACUUUCUUGUACGAUUGUGAAAGAGUUAGAGAAGAGCAUAAUUUGAAGACUAAAACAUUUUCUCUAUGGGAUUAUAUUAAUCUAAAUGUUGAAGACUAUAAAAAUGUUCAGUAUACAAGACAUGAGCAUGUAAUAUAUCCAAAUGCUAGCCUUCGUUACAUCAGUCUUUGGUCAUCGUAUUACCUACGAUGGAAUCCGCGAACAAGGCGACAGGUAUAA